GAGCUUUGUCAGUAGCAGUUGAUUGUAAUGUCAGUGCAGUCCAAUUUACAGGCUGGAGCAGCAGCUGCAUACUGCAUUUCCCUGAAGUAACACAUGAUUUCCACGCCUUGCAAACUUUAUCAUCUUUUGUUGCAGUGAGUCGGAAACCAAUAUGCAGAGCAAGGGUACAAUCGUAUGCACCCAACUUCUUUUUAUGUUUCUUCUGCUCUGGAUGCUUAUUGGGAAAUCACACACUGAAGAAGACGUCAUCAUUACAACCAAGAAUGGUAAAGUCAGAGGGAUGAACUUGUCAGUUCUUGGGGGCACAGUAACAGCCUUUCUUGGAAUUCCCUAUGCACAGCCACCUCUUGGUAGACUUCGGUUCAAAAAGCCACAAUCCUUGGCCAAGUGGUCCAAUAUUUGGAAUGCCACAAAAUAUGCAAAUUCUUGCUAUCAGAACACAGAUCAAAGUUUUCCAGGCUUCCUUGGAUCCGAGAUGUGGAAUCCAAAUACUGACCUCAGCGAAGACUGUUUAUAUCUGAAUGUAUGGAUUCCAGUACCUAAACCAAAAAAUGCUACUGUAAUGGUAUGGAUUUACGGGGGUGGUUUUCAAACUGGAACAUCAUCGUUACCUGUUUAUGAUGGCAAGUUCCUGGCACGAGUUGAGAGAGUUAUUGUAGUUUCAAUGAACUAUAGGGUGGGUGCCCUAGGAUUUUUAGCUUUACCAGGAAAUUCAGAGGCACCAGGGAACAUGGGCUUGUUUGACCAACAGUUGGCACUUCAGUGGGUCCAAAAAAAUAUAGCAGCCUUUGGUGGAAAUCCUAAAAGUGUAACUCUCUUCGGAGAAAGUGCAGGGGCAGCUUCAGUUAGCCUUCACCUACUUUCCCCUAGAAGCCACCCACUGUUUACCAGAGCGAUUCUGCAAAGUGGGUCUGCUAAUGCCCCUUGGGCAGUAACAUCUCUUGAUGAAGCUAAGAACAGAACAUUGACCUUAGCUAAAUUUAUUGGUUGCUUUAGAGAAAAUGAGACGGAGAUCAUCAAAUGCCUUCGAAAUAAAGACCCCCAGGAAAUUCUUCUGAAUGAAGUAUUUGUUGUUCCCUAUGAUACUCUCUUGUCAGUAAGUUUUGGCCCCAUUGUGGAUGGUGAUUUUCUCACUGACAUGCCAGACACACUACUCCAACUUGGACAGUUCAAAAAAACCCAGAUCUUGGUGGGUGUUAAUAAAGAUGAAGGGACAGCGUUUUUAGUAUAUGGUGCCCCUGGUUUCAGCAAAGAUAACAACAGUAUCAUCACUAGAAAAGAAUUUCAAGAAAGUUUAAAAAUAUUUUUUCGAGGAGUGAGUGAAUUUGGAAGGGAAUCCAUCCUUUUCCAUUACAUGGACUGGUCAGAUGAUCAAAGAGCUGAAAAGUACCGUGAAGCCUUGGAUGAUGUUGUUGGGGAUUACAAUUUCAUAUGCCCUGCCUUGGAGUUCACCAAAAAGUUCUCAGAUUUGGGAAAUAAUGCCUUUUUCUACUAUUUUGAACACCGAUCCUCCAAACUUCCUUGGCCUGAAUGGAUGGGAGUGAUGCAUGGUUACGAAAUUGAAUUUGUCUUUGGUUUACCUCUGGAAAGAAGAGUAAAUUACACAAAAUCUGAAGAAAUUUUGAGUAGAUCCAUAAUGAAACACUGGGCAAAUUUUGCAAAAUAUGGAAAUCCAAAUGGGACCCAGAAUAGUAGUACAAGUUGGCCUGUCUUCAAAAGCACUGAACAAAACUAUUUAACCUUGAAUACAGAGUCGCCAAAAAUAUAUACUAAACUACGUGCUCAACAAUGCCGAUUCUGGACACUGUUUUUUCCCAAAGUCUUGGAAAUGACAGGAAAUAUUGAUGAAGCAGAACAAGAAUGGAAAGCAGGAUUCCAUCGCUGGAACAAUUACAUGAUGGACUGGAAAAAUCAAUUUAACGAUUACACUAGCAAGAAAGAAAGCUGUGCAGGUCUCUAAUUAAUAGAUUUACCCUUUGUAGAAUGUUCAUUUUCCUGUAAAUCAAGGCAAAAAUACCAGUAGCUCUCUUACACACCUAGUAAGAAGCUAUUAUAUAGCUGAACAAAAAUGCCAGAAGGAUAAUAUCGAUUUCUCACAUCUAUCACUUAGCAUUGUACCUAACAUUCCAAAACCCAAAAGGCUAGAACAUGUUUAAUUAAAUUUCACAAUAUAAAGUGUGACAGUUAAUUAUAUGCAUAUUUAAAUGAUUUGUGGCUUCAAACUUUUUCUUUUCCAAAUAACAUUAACAUUUAUUUUCUAAAAAGUAUCUGUAUCCUAUUUUGAGUUGCAUUUUUUCCCUAACCACUCAUAAAAGGGUACCUUCUUAGAAUGAAUGAGGUCUUGAAACACUGGGUACUAUAAUUUACAAUACUGUUUCCCCUAAAUAAUUUAGGAAUUUAAUGUCAAUAUGAGUUGCAAAAUGAAACAGAAAAUAAC